AUGGUUGACUUCUACGCCGUGCUGGAAGUGGAGAAGGGAGCAACUCAGGAGCAAAUUAAGCGGAACUACCAUCGUCUUGCCUUGCGUUACCACCCCGACAAGGCGGGGCCAGAUGGCGCUGUCCGCUUCAAGGAGGUGAGCACCGCCUAUGAGGUGCUCUCGAACAAGCGCAAAAAAGAUAUUUAUGACCGCUAUGGCGAGGCCGGACUGGAUGCGCUCGAAAACCCGGUCGCGGGUGCCGCAUUUAGCACUUUCGGCUCCACCGCGCCCGUCUUGGUGGCAAUCGGUACCCUAUUCCUUUAUGCUGUCAUGCUUCUGCUUUUUCUGGUGUUUCUGGUGGCCUUUGUGGACGGCCGGCUGCCCACGUGGAGCUACACGACGGUGUUCUCGCCACUUUUUGUGCUGGACUUUCUGGUUGGCAUACCGGCGCUUAUCCUCUUAGGCGUAUUCCUCACCAUGUCACCGCUCAGCUUGCACAUACACUGCAUGCUUCUCUCGUUACUGUGUGCUGUCGCCUUGACCAUUGUCAUCCCGAUCGCCAAGGACCGGAGCGAGGCUCGCGCUGGUGCUGGACGCACCGACAUCAAGUGGCGGGUGUGGCUCAUUCCUGGCUACUUGUGCUCCGCAUUCGCCUUCAUCGCUAUUGUGCUGGUGUCCUUUCCGACGGAGAGUCGUAUUCUCACACUCAAGUCCAUCGGCUUGGUGCGUCUCGCCAACUACGCCCGCGUCAGCUUCGUUUUCGCCCUCGUGCAGGGAUGCUGCAUAGUCGUCUUCUUCGCCCUGGUGGCGUGCCGCGCUGAUGAGGUGAUCACCACCAACUACUUCAUUGUUAUUGGUCUCCCGGUCUUUCUGCUGCUCACGCUUUUCCUCGUGAACCGCUUCGUGCUCAGCUUGCUCAGCGGCUACAUCAGUGACGUGCCACCCGAGGUGGCGGCGGCGGCAGCAGCGCGCGAGUUGAACGCAAAUGGUGGCGAGGCACCUGUACAUGACUCCAACGAGAACGGCAACGACGCCCCGCACCCGUCGCGGUGUGGCUCACGUAACCCGAUGAGCAGUGGUGCUGUCGAGGGACGCGACUGUGCCCAUCCACAAGCGCGCGCCGGGCUCGAAGAGCAGUUCUACCCCACUGAAUCCCACGCGCACAACAGCCAUCACGGCAAUGAGAACGAUAAUGACAGGCGGGAGCAGCAGGGUGAGUCCAUUGGCAAGAACCCAUACGUUGGCCAGCACUCCUCUGUCUGCGGUAUUCUCGCCAGUAUGAUAACCAGCAUUAUUGUCGUUGGCCUGCUGAUCGCAUCAACUGCCAUGAUAGCGGUACGGCUGAAUCACUUCUACAUCCACCGCACCUAUGAUGGUGUCCUCUCUUUGACCAAUGCAUGCAUUCCUCUCUUUAUUAUCCUCAGCGCCGUGGUUCUUUCGAUGCUCAACGGAUUCCUCAUGUUCUGCUGUUGCAGCGCCUUCACGGCGGCGGAAGUCCAUAUGUCAAAGACAGAGCACGGCAACCAACAGGACGAAAAGGAAGAAAGCGAGGUUGAACUGCAGGACAACGUUCACGCCGACCGGACUCAGCUGGCAGACGAGGCAGUACCCGGUAUGCCACCUAACAAUAGGGCUACCACAGGCCGUCCAGCUGCAACAGUGUCAGCCACGUCUUUUACGGCUGCACCGGCGACAGCGGACGGACGUGCCCAGACGCCGUUGGACCGCCAGCCAGACAACACACGCCUCUCCGAUGUGGAUUAG